AUGUGGCAGGGAUCGAGAAUGCUUGGCAAGACGUUUGUGACGACCUCGUUGCGUGUAUCGUCAUUCUCGACAGCUAUUUCACGUGUUGUUGCGACCGAGACGAGUGUGGAUGUUGCUGGAUGGUCGUCGGAGAAGAAACGCACGGGAUUACUAGCUGUUAAGAUUGGAAUGAUGCCCGUCUGGGAUCAUUUUGGCUAUCGUCACAAUUGUACGGUACUACAAGUCGAAGAGUGUCAAGUGACGCAGAUUAAGACAGCGGAUCGUCAUGGAUUUAAUGCACUUCAACUUGGCGUCGGAUUACGUAAGCCCAAGAAUGUGACCAAACCCGUGUUGGGUCAUUUGGCCAAGGCUGGCGUUCCACCAAAGCGUCAAUUACAGGAGUUUCGUGUAUCGGAAGACGCUCUAUUGCCAUUGGGAAUGAAACUCUCGGCAUUGCAUUUUACUCCUGGUCAGUACGUGGAUGUAUGUGGUACGAGCAAGGGUAAAGGUUUCCAAGGUGUCAUGAAACGGCACAACUUUGCAGGUCAACCGGCUUCCCAUGGUAACUCCAAGACACAUCGUCAUAUGGGUUCUACCGGUCAAUGUCAGGACCCUGGUAAGGUGUUUAAGGGUAAGAAAAUGCCGGGUCGCAUGGGUGGCAAUCGCGUUACGCGUGACAAUCUCUGGAUCGCCAAGAUUGAUGUGGAACGCAACCUCAUUUACGUCAAGGGUAGUGUGCCAGGAAACAAUGGAGGUAUUGUCCGUGUAACGGAUGCCCGCAAGAAAAAGUUGGAGGCACCGCUUCCGUACCCGACCUUUGUUCCUGCAGAGGGUGAGGCACUGCCGUCAGAGAUAGUGGCGCCUCAUGGUGAUGUCGACCCGUAUCAUUACGAUGAGAAGUAG